AUAUAUAUCGGAUGCUAAAUUCGCACGACGCGCUGCGGCUGUUUGCUUUUGUAUUUUGACAGAUGUGUGUUGAUAGUGUUGGUAUUUGAUUGUCCGUUCUUGUGUCCAUUGAUUUUUGGGCCACUAUCAAAGGCGUGGUUAGUUCUGCUACUAAUAGUAAAUAAAAUGGGUGUUAUUACCAUGAAAAGAUAAAACACGGCGAGCAGUGACGCGCGGACAGGCCAGUAUGUAGCUGGGACUUAACCUUUAAUUUCUGAGUGCUAAAUGUGUGAAAUAAGGUUAUGCUUGGGUGAACUGUUUGGUUGUUUCGUACCAGACGGCGUGUUAUUUGGGGUUCCUAGUGGUUGAGAUGAGUAGUUGGGCAGCCAGGAUGCACAGGCGGGCUGCCACUUUCAGUAAUGUUGUAACUUCCUGUGGUCACCCUUCUGGACCAUAUCCUAGGAGGUUAGAAAAAGUUAAAUUUGGAGUCCCUCUUGAAGAAGUCUGUAAAAAUGACAUUCCAGGCCCACUUCUUGUACUGAUAUUAAAGUUAAAUAAAGAGGCACCAUAUCGUAAAGACGUAUUCAGGGCGCCGGGUCACCAGGGAGCAAUGAAGAAGCUAAUACACUUCCUACAAACCGGCAGACUGAUUAAUAUGGAUAAUUUUAGUGUUUAUACGAUUGCUAGUGUUCUAAAGAAAUUUCUACGUAAAAUUCCAGGGGGCAUUUUCGGAAAAGAUGUCGAGCAACAGUUCUUCCAAGUUAUCGACGUGACCGAUUUGCAAGCUCAAAGGGAUGAAAUACACAGAAUAAUAGCGUCACUGCCUGUAUACACCCAGAGACUGUUAGUAUUACUUUUCGGUACGUUUAGGGUGAUAGCGUCGAACAGCGAGAGGGCGAGUACUGGCAUGACCAGCGAGGCGUUGGGUGUGAGCGUCGCUCCAAGUUUUUUCCAUUCUUGCGUUAGUGACGGAAAAACUGCCAAAAUGGAGGACGUAUUGAGAUUCAAGGUUGCGACGAAGGUAAUGAAACAUCUGAUUGAGGAAUUCGCAUCAGCCGACUUGUUCGGCCGUGACAAUUACGAAUUCUAUGCGCGAGUGACUGGACGAAUUUUGCGCGUACAGGGUGAAUGGAUAUGUUCAUUCCAAUAUCCUCCACCUCCACCGAAAGGACAUGCUACCCAACAGCUUUACGCAAGUGAAUACGCCGCAUUGGAGCACUAUCUGCUCGGACAACUAUCCAUCGAGGCUGAAAAGACUUGGUUGCAGUGCGAGUGCGAUAGAUGGCGGUUAAAGUAUGGUCUAGAAGAGAAGGGACAGUCAACGCCUGCUUUAGCAGAAGCAGGAUUUCCAACUCAAACCGCUAGUUCCACUUCGCUGGGAAUCAUUGCUGAACAUACGCUUCUGGAGUCAUGCACACGUCUGUCGAUUUCCCUAGAGCAGGAUGGAUUAUUUCAGACUCGGACAAAUUCUCAUUCGUCAAGUGAGAGUCAUUCGUCAAAAAAUAGUAGCCACAUCACUCCACGGAUGACAUUGGACGAGUUGCGCGCCGUUAAUCGCUAUGCGGAAAGUACAAGAAGUUUAAGUUAUUUACCUCAGGUAGAUGUUCAUGAAAGACAACGAGCAAGAAUGCUAACUAGAUCGCAGUGGUUUUUAACGCCUACCGCUGAAUGUAGUAACUGUGGAGGAUCAUUGGAUCUUCAACUGGCCGAGGCCGACGUUACAGCUUUUACUAAUGCUUUAGUUAGAAAAUCAUCUUCUGGCACAAUAGUUGGGCUCUCCUUGAGUGCUGAAUCUAUACAAAAGAAACCGAGUAUCAGACGCCAAAAUUCCAGAGACAAACGUCAGUAUCUUUAUCGUUCUAAUAGCCACAGGAACAAAGAAAAUGGAUCUAAAUCAAACAGCUUUAAAAAUCGAGGAGAAAGGAAGAAUUCACAAAGUAGAUCGGGCAGUUUCAAAAUAAAAUACGAGGGCAUGUCAAGAUCUAACAGUUUAAAGGGCAAAGGGGAUAAGUGCUCUUGUAGUAAUUCAGAAAAAACUAAAGAAGAGGAAAAAGAGAUAAGCAAAAGUCCAAGUUCUCAAACAAUUUGUGUCACCUUAACUUAUAAGCCACGCAUUUAAUAAACCUUAUGUACUCAAAACACAAAUACACCGAUUUUAACUUCGAAUUUUUUAAAAAACGUGAUUAAAAGUAUUUUUUAUAUUACAACUGAAUUCGACGUAUCUAGUGUGAAAGGUACAAAUUAACAACGUUUAAGGUCAUUAAUUAGAGUUUUGUAAAGGAGGUUGAAAUGUUUUGUUUGUUUUGAAAAUUUGCAUUUGAUGCUGUGAUAGUUUCUCUAUAAGAUUAUUAAUUUAUUGUUAACGAAUGAUGAACAUAAAUUUAUUCAAGCUAAGAAUAAACCGAAAGGGUAUCCUGAAUUAAAAAUUAACACUACUAAUAUAAAGUAAAUUAUUGUUUUCUUUUUGUUUUAAAACAAUGCGUUGAAUUUGUUUUUGUUUAGUGUUGAAUUAAAUACUCAUUCUUAUUACAAAGUGCAAGUUUUGAAAACGUUCUCCUUAAUUUUCCGAAAAUAUACGAACUCGUGGCUCAUCAUUAAGUUAGCAUUAGUCAGUUAAUCGAAAAGUAUUUCGAUCACACAUUUUGUUUAAGCGCAAAAUGCAGACCAAAAUAAUUAUUCAAAACUAAGACUGCAUUCCAAAAACUAGUAAACCAAAAAAGCAUUUAUUUUAUGUAGUUUUUAGGGUUCUAAUAUAAUAUAUAAAUACAUAUGCAUGGCAUUUAAAAAUUCCCAAGUUUGGUAAUUUUUGAAAGCUGUAAUUCAUUCAAAGGAAAUAUUUUUAUGUUAAGAGGAACGCAUCAUGCGAUUAAUAUCUUUUAUAAUGUACAGGGUGUUUCAUAAAAGAAGGCAUCGAAGACAGUUUCAUAAUAUUUGGUUCAAAUAACUAGUCUGAGAAUAUUUAAAAAUUUUGUAAAAAAAUGUUUUUAAUUCAUUUUUUAUUGAAACAUAAUUAUUUUGGUGUUCAAACCAUUUCCCAUCGUUUUAUUAAAUAUUUUCUUACUUUGAAGACACCCUGUAUAACGUUUAUUGUUUGCACUAUUGUUUAUAAUUAUUAAUUACAAUUGCAGGUGGUUUUGGUUGGUUUUUAUAGUUUAUUAUUUUACAUUCACAUCACUUAUUAUAUUACCUAAUAUUCCUGCACCAUAUUUUUAUCACAUAUUUUUGUUCUUAUUUUUAAGUCAACAGGGAGUACCCGUUAUUAUAAUAAAAUUAAUUGCAUGUAAGUGUAACAAUUAUCUUAUAUUCAAUUAAUGUAAACGAGGGAAUCACUGGUACAUUUGUUUUUUCCUUAAUUUAUUUGAUUAAAUCAAAGUAAAUUAAAAGAUAAAAUUAACGACGCUUCUCAAUAUUGUGGUAGAACCAUUGUUGUUUUCAUGUGGUUUUUAAUAGUGGUUUCCUUUUGAUACAUUGCCACUAAAUUAUGAUAUUGGCAAGGAAAAAACUUUUUUUUUGUUGUCUUUAUAAAAGUGGUUUUCAGAAGGAAACAAACAACAAAAAAUAUCGAUGAUGUGUACAGGAGUGCUAGGAAAUAGUGAUUUCAAUAAAAUAUUUCUCUUUUUAGUGUCAUUACAAUCGAAAACAACAAUUUUACAACCAGAAAUAAAAAAGUUUAUUUUCCGUAAAAUUAUUAAUAAUUAUAUUAGUAGAUGAACGUAAAAUUAUUUGUGUAGGUUAAUGCAGAUGAAAUUUAAUUAAAAAAAGUAUUGUAUCGACAAACGUAUUGCUAGAGUAGCGCAGGCGGACUAAGUUCGAAUCUUCUUAUGUUAGGUAAAAGUAAAAUAAAUUGAUUGAAUAUCGAUCACACGCGAUACUUGUAAUAAGAAUUAAGAUAUGUCAAAAAAGUUUGGACAUUUUCAUGUUGAUUUGCCUUCUUUUAUAGUGUUGCAGUUAGUACCAAAAAAGGACAAGCUUAAUAAUUAUGCGCACAUUACUUUUUUAAAUUGUAAUUAAAUUAAUUGUAAGAAAAGUUGUCUAGUUAAUGUACAUUAAUGAAAAAAGCUCAGGGAUUUUCAUAAUUAAUAAUUGUUACAGUUGUUUUAAUGAGAACUGCACAUGUCGAAAGUUGUAAAUUAAUUGCUAAUAAUUAUAAUACAUACCCCUAUAUAACAUUGGUAAUAUCUGAUAAUUUAAUGUUUUCUAUUUUUAUUAAUCUGAACAAUUCAUAAAAUAAUUAAGAACGAAAUAGUUAAUAUCGUAAA